AUGGCCUCGGCCGGUGAUGGCGGAAAGCCGGCUCUGCAGAAGCGAUCUGUUGUCUCCUCGUUCCUCUACAAAUUCGUCGACGAGGAUGGCGAGCGCAAGGCCAAAGUUGCCUUGUUCAAGCGGAGUGGCCAAGUGCGUACAUAUCAGCAUCGCUGGGCAGUGGUGUCUGGCAGCAUCGACCCAGAGGACCCUUCGCCUCAAGCGGCAGCCUGGAGAGAGAUCCGGGAAGAGACCACACUGACGCCGUCUUCCCUCGAACUCAUGCGCCAGGGUAAGAGCUACGUCUUGCCGGAUGAAUCUAUUGGCAGAGAGUGGACCAUCUAUCCAUUUGCCUUCCGGCUGAAGGAUGCAAGCGAGGGUGGAGAGGGUGAGAAAGGUAUCCAACUCGAUUGGGAACACGACACCUGGGCAUGGUACGACCCUUUCGAGGUUGAGGAUUCAGAAAAUUUUGGAGCUGUUCCACGCCUGGCAGAAAGCUUGCGGCGAGUCUGGUUCGAAAAAGAUCUGGGCCUCGAAGCUGGUGCUGUCCUCACGAAUGGGCUCGAAAGACUCAAGAAUGAUCAUCAAAGCGGUGCACGGCAGCUCGCCGGUAUUGGGCUCGAGAUUCUGCGCGAGAUCGUCUUCAAGAUGGACACGCAUCAGCCACCCGAACAGUGGUGGACUCGAGUUCGAUUUGCCUCCUGGCAUAUCUGGAAGAAUGGCCGUGAAUCAAUGGGGGCGGCUGUAUUGAGCGUCUUGCUCUCUGCCCUGAGUGGUAUCGAGGCAAGGAUACAACGACUUGAGGACAAAUCGGUGUUGCGAUGGAGAGACGCUGCGGUCGAAGAGCUCGACAGUGUGAUCGCUUCAAGGCAAGAUACGGCCAGGGCAAUUUCCACCACCUUCUCCAGCUUCAUAAAAGAACACAUCGCGUCCAAGCUUGGGCAAGCUCGGCCGAUCAAAGUGCUAACCGUCUCCGAGAGUUCCACAAUCACAUGUGCGCUUCGCGAAGUCAUCGCCAACACUGGGAUUUCGCUGGACCUGCGCAUCCUAGAGUCGCGGCCUCUGUUCGAGGGCGUAUCUCUGGCCAGCGAGCUUUCCAAAUCCGUACCUUCUUCUCAAUUUUCGACAGAUGAGGCGACAAAUGAGCCCGGACGGCCACGCAAAGACCCCAUCCCGAAACUUCAACUCACGCUCUACACGGAUGCAUCUUCGGCUCUUGCUUCGGAUGAUGUGGAUGUCGUUCUGAUAGGUGCGGAUAGAAUUGCGGAAUCCGGAGCAGUCAGCAAUAAGACGGGCUCGCUGCCUGCGAUCCUCAGCGCUAAGCAUGUCUCGCCAAAAGCAAAGAUAGUCAUCGUAAGCGAGACGGAAAAGGUCGCAACCCCAGGGGCUGCAGCUGCCCAUGUUGUGGAAAAUAACGACCCCGCUCAGCUGAUGCAUGCAUGGACGGCGGGCUUCAAUAGCGAGAGGAUCAGAAGUGCUGCGGGUACGAUACCCUCUGUCGCCGGCGGUGCUACCGUACAGGAUGCAUAUCAUCCGCAUCAUGGAGUCGACGAGGUGAACAACGAUGUGGUCGAUGUGCGCGUUCGCAACGUGUUCUUCGAGUGGAUUCCCCCCGAGCUUGUCGAUAUCUACAUCACUGAGCGAGGCCAGUUGACAGUGGCGGACAUAGCGAAGCACUCUAAGACAUUAGGCACUGAAGAGGAAAGAUUCUUCAGGGAUAUCUGA